AUUGGUGCACUGCCAGCAAUACCAGCAUUAAAAUUAAAUAUACUAUAAGAAAUGAUAAUAUUUUUAUUUUUAUUUAUAAUAAGCGUAAAUGCAGAAGACAAUGCAUUAUGCGUGACUCAUCAAUAUAGAUCAUUCUCUGAGCUCACAACUUCAAAUAAUAGUUAUCUAAGAGGGAAUACUUUCGAUUGCAUAAACAGUAUUAAAAAUGGAUCCAAAAUGUUCACGAUUAGUUCACCAAACGAACUAUUUCUGGUUAAUUCGGACGAUAUUUAUGUUUUUGGAGAGUUUAAAUUAAAUGAAAAUUCGUUUGAUAAAAGUCAAAGUACGGUGGUUAUAACAACGGAAGAUGUAAACCUAACAAAUCUAAAGCAAUUAAAAUAUUGCCAUCCGGGUGGAGAUGUUACAAGCCCUCCAUGGGUUACAAACGAAUUUAUCACAACAAUUUUAAAUUAUCAAAAAAAUUUUAGAAAUAUACUUGAAAACGAAACUCUAUUAGACUAUAGUUACUACGUUUUAAAUUCGACUCUAGGACCAUCAUGUUUACAGAAUGUUUGGAGUUAUGAUGAAAAUUUAAAAAAAUUAUAUCCGAAACUUUUCGCUUUAUGUCCUCGCUACAAACCCGAAUACAAUGCGUUCGAACAAUCUUUACGAUGUUUAAUAAAUGGAGACGGAGACAUAGCUAUAACAUCUUUGGAAAUGGUACAUAUGUUUGAAGAAGAAAUGUUGUCACGAUCAAAAGAAUUUUUUUCAUUUUGUAAAAAUAAUACACGGCAAAAAUUGAACAAUCCAUGUCUUUGGAGAACUACUUCUUGGCCUGUUCUCAUUGGAAAUAAAAAUAAUAGUGAACGUCUUCCAGAGAUCGUACAAGCAUUAAAAUACUUUUCACCAUUUCCAAAUAGUACUUCCUUAUUAAAUUAUAUUGAAGAAUUGCAUGAAAAUGUGACUUUAAACCCCUCUAAUGAUAUUACACAAGCAAAACAAAAGAGAAUAUUAUCUUGGUGCACAAUAAGUAAAGAAGAAGAUGAGGAUUGUGUGUUACUACAAAAAAUAUUUUCAUCAUAUGAUAUACAUACAAAAAUUACUUGUGUAAAAGCUGAAGAAGACUAUUUGGACAAAUACAGCUGUAUUAAAAGUAUAUCUGAAGGAAGAUCAACUGUAACAUAUCUACACAGUGAUCAACUCUUUGCAGCUAAUAGAUCAAAUCUUAAGGUAGCUGUUUAUGCAAAUACUGGCCAAAACGUAAUUAAAUCAAUUCUUUUCGUUAAUUCAAGCAUCAUUAAAAGUAUUGAUGAUUUUAAAAAUAAGAAAGGUUGCUUUUCUGAAUAUGGUUCUAUAGAUUGGGUCUCUUUUGUAUCAGCUUACAAAACUCAAAUUCUGAAUACGCCUAAUUGUACUUAUGAUGUAGAGCUGAGUAAAUUUCUUGGUGAUUCUUGCAUGCCUGGUGUGAGAGACGGUUUGCGAAAGAGGAAUGACUCUGUUGACGUUGAACAUGUUUGUAGGAUUUGUGAAGGUUCUUCGGACUCACCGACGGCUGUAAAUUGUAAUGCUAACCAAACCGUAAACAAGUAUGCAACUAGUCAUGGUGCAUUGGAGUGCUUAAAUGACUCAGCUGGGCAGUUUGCCGUAAUCAAGAUAGACACCAACUUUAAAAUUAAGGAAGGUAUAAAAGUAUUGUGCAAGAAUAAUACUUUACUUGAUUUCAUCGACUUUGAUAAAAUAGAUGAUGAAUGUUAUUUAUCUAUAACUCCCUAUGGAGGAAUUGUAACUAAAAAAGAAUUAGUUAGAGAUGUUAAACUGGCUUUCUCAGAAUUAAAAAGACGUAAUUCAGAAUAUGGGUGGUUGCCAAAUGAGUAUAUUUCUAAUGUAUUUAAACAUCUCUUUCCUCAAGAAUUUAUAAUCGAUUUUCUGGAUGUUGGCACUUGUAAUGAAAUCGCACCAAGCAAUUUAUGCAGACAUUCCUUAGAACUUGAUAAGAUGAUAGAAGAAGUGGACACUUGCCCAUAUAAUAAUAAGCGACGGAGUGAGCACCCUACAGAUGUAAACACGUCAACCCGACACAAAAUGACAGAUGAUGAUUCCAUUAUCACGAUAGACAAGGCAUCCGAAUCAAGCACAAUCCAACCUGUAACAAACUCACGCAUUUCCACUAAAUUGAUUGUUACUAUUGUCACAUUGUCUAUUUCAUUGGCAAUACUUUUAGCUUUUGUUAUUGCAGUUUGUUACAUAAAAAAAUGUAAAAAAAAACAAAACACAACUAAUACUAAUGGACAUACUGACCGAAACGAAAAUGAAAAUGAGACCACUAAUGAUGAAACGUUCCCUCUAAAUGACUUUUGCAACAAUCGGAGUGAACACUAAUUUUAUAAAAGUCAUUUCAAUACACCAGAAAUUUUAUGUAAUCUGUAGAUCACAAUAUAUUACAUUACAUUACAUAGACUGAAUGUAAUCGCAAUAUAUAGUCUCCGUCAAAAGAUCAGCAA